AUGGCGCCCACUCUCGACAGCUCUGUAUCGGAGUUGUGCCGGGACUACAAAUCCUCCACGAACUUCUUUAUGCAGUGGCUCUUGUGCCAGGCUAGGCUCGAGAAUCCCUCCACCAAGAAGUUCACUACGACGGGAGACAUACUCGCCGCGGCACGGGUUGUCAAGAAGGCUCGUUCCGUCGUCCCGAAGUCUAUCCUGAGUUCCCUUCAAACCGCGAUCACGAAGCGCAAACAGGUAUACAACAUAUAUGAGAAGAAUGGCGCCGGUGAUCCGGGCCAUGCGGUUUUCUGCCAGAGACUUGAGAGUACCCUCUCCAUUCUUUCUUCCCUGACGACCGCUUCCGCAAUUUCUUCCUCCUCUCGCGUCGAUGAGUCCGAAAACAACGUCACCACGGCCAACGCCUUCGCGCCCCUGGCCGCAACAGUCGAGGACAUCGAGGACGAUGCUUCCGAGACUGGCAUCGAUGAGCACAUGUGCCACUCAGAGUCGGAGAACGAGAAGGCCCCUGCAUCUGCCCCCACGGCUCCCGACACUGACGAGUCCGACUUCGUGCUGGAGGACGAUGCGAUCCGUCUCUUCUACGAGGCCGCCAACUUCCUUCUCGAAUUGGGCAACGUUUACUCCCAAAUUGAAGGAUACUGGCACGACGCCGCCGACGACAAGCUUCCCCUGCCCGUCGCCGCUUGGCUCACGUCCCUCGCCGCGCACGCCAUCUCCAAGGAAAUGCCGCGCUGCUUUGUCAAUCUUUGUGAGAGCGUCUCGACCAAGUGUAAGACGUGCCCCGAUUGCCCGGGUAUCAAGGUUAUAAUCGCCAAGAUGUCCCCGUCCGCCGAGGCCGCCGCCAACAACAUCGGCCGCGCCACACGAAUCUACACCCUCGCGAAGGCCAUGAAUGAAUACGGCUCAGAACUUCCCGACAUCAACACCCUCAUGAUGAUGUUCGUGUCUUCCGACCACUCCACGGGUCACGUCGGAACCGGUCGCGGUGAUACGAAGGCCAAGGACCGGGAACAGGACCAGGACCCUCGAUUGCCACAAGAGGAUGAGACUCACCUGAGAGAAAUCCUCGACCUUCUCAAGGCUGACUUUAUGGGCACCCGAGGCAUUGCGCAACUUGAGCAGCUGAAGCAGUACCGAAACGAAAACCGGGUUACUCACAGCGAACCUCUCUUCGAUUUCGCGCUACCCCUUUUCAGAGAGAUGAAGCGCACCGCGCCCGGAAAUCUGGUCAUCGCCAUGGACCUUUUCAUGCUGGCUGCCUCGGUGACCGAAGGUCGUCUGAGCCCAGCCAAGUGCCGGCUGAGACCCGUCCGCCUCGCGCUGGAGAUGCGUUCUGCCGUCGACCCGGUCCUCGAAUUCCUGAAGAGCAUGAACAACUUCGCGGAUUGGUCGCAAGCUGCGGAUUACCUCGAGAACUUCCGCGACGGCCUGACCGCCCUCGCCAGCGAGCGUGCCUUCGAUAAGUAUCAUGGCUCUGUAUGGACAGUGGGCAACCACUCGACGGAGUUGCUGGCCCAGGCUUCCGUCCACGGCGCCAAUCUUUGCUGGGAUUGGGCCAUCGUCAACUCCACCCUCCACCUCUACAACGCGAUGCGCCGAGUCGAGAUCCUGCGACUCAAGAAGAUCCCUCUCCUAGACGAGCUCGCUGACAUACUGGCACAAGACACCUUUCGAGGUGCCCGUCCGGACCGGAACUUCGCUUCCACAUUCCGCCGCACCGUCUUCAACUGCGGCAUCAACAAGACGCAAGCACGUGUGCAGUACGGCUUCACGUCCAAGCCCUUGAGAGGGCAGCAUAUCAUGUGGUUGCUGAACCAACAUCGCCAGUCGCACUCCGAGGGCCUUGACUGGCUUGGAGAGGUUCACGGCGUAGUGCCCUGCAAGAAACAGAGGUGCUGGAAGUGUAGGCCGGAUAAGAAGAAAGAUAGAAACAUUCGCGACACGCACCGGGAGCGAACGCUGGCCGAGUACAUGGAGCGAGCGAAGGGCAAGGUUGUCCCAGAGUUGGAGGGGAAGGCCCCAAUUUCCCGCCUCAACUUCUUCCGGCUCUUCAUGUACUGUGCCAGCUUCAUGAGAAAGUUCGGGGAGUUAAGUGAGGACGAGUUGGGACAAGGCUUUCGGGCAAUGGGCUUACCACGAGAUGUGUGGGGUCACCCCCUCCAUCUCUCACGCUUAGGCACGGAGGUGAUUCUUGAAACAAUCGAUCAGAGGGUCGGCAGCAGAGAGGGCAGACGCCUAUUGAAACAAGACAGGCUGGUCAACUACGCGGGUCAAGUGUUCAAGGAGCUGGACACCGCCGCAUCACUGAGCCAGUUCAUGUGGACGGUCUGA